GCUGCUGUCAGAAGUGUUUUGCUGCCAGUCCGGACUUGUUCAGACGGCAGCUAGUGAUCGCAGUUCGAGUUAUUUGUCGUUUAAAGUGGCAGAAAGUGAAAGUAAGUCGGAAUUUAUCUUUCUCUGGAGAGACUGUGGAGAUUCACCUGCUUCUGGGAAAAUGGUUCGCGGACAUUUCCUGGCUGUUUUCGUCUCUUUGCUUCAUUUAGCUGCUGCAGAGAAUGUGAAAUAUGCCCUCCUGGGUCAGGCGGUCAUUCUGAAUCCAGAAAUCAAGGCAACUGGUGCAAAUAACAUCCUGUGGAAACACAACAGGGACAAAGUGGUGGAGUUUAAUGGAAACGAGCAGGAGGUAUACCCACCAUUUAAAGAUAGGAUCACACUGGACUGGCACACUGCAGAGCUGGAGAUCACCGACCUCAGAUAUGAAGACAGUGGAGACUAUGACCUGGAGGUGUUCGUGAACAAAGAAUUCAAAUUUUUCCCUUUCAAACUGGAGGUCGUUGGUAAAGUAUCCAAACCUUCCAUAUCCUGUGAGAUAGAAGACACCAGCUCUGAUGAAUCUGGAAACCGGGCCUCACUGAAAUGCUCUGCAGAAUCCAGCCGUUCUGAGUCCUUAAUGAAGUUUGAAUGGAGCUGGCGUGGCAGCAUGCAGCCCGGCCCAAAUUUAACAAUCCCUCUGGGGGAUGAGAAUGAUGAGGAAGAGUACAACUGUACUGUGAGCAACCCAAUGUCCAGAGAGACGACGACUUUCUCUGCAAGGAACUGCUACUCUGAGACAAAUUUAACUGGGAUCAUUGUCGGCUCUGUCAUUGCUGUCAUUGCUGUCAUUGCUGUCCUUCUGCUGGUUUUGCGGCUAUUCUGGAAACGAAGACAACGUCAACCAGAACCAAAGAAAAGUGACGGUGAGCAAGAAACUUUACUGAAUACACGGCGCACCUCUCAGUCUCCUCCGCAAUCAGCAAGCUUUACUGAAGAGAACGACGACAUAGAGCCAGUUGAUGUGAGGAAAAGGAUACAAAUCUUUGAACAGAAGAUAGAUAAGCAUGAGAAUUCCACUCCUGCUAAACCUCCUGGUCUUGCUAAAGCUUUGUCUCCAUUGAAAUUGAACUUUUCCAUCACAUCUCAAGAGGGUGGCAUCGAUAAACAGAACAAAGAAAACAACUUGGAUCAAGUCAGUGGAGAACUUCCACAAAACCCUGCUGGAGAGCCAAGCUUGGAGGAGAAAAACCAGUCAGACGAAGAAAACAGAAGUGAUGUUGAACAAGAAACUUUCAUUGGUGGAGUUUCCACCUCUCAGUCUCCUCCGCAAUCACCAGACUGUGCUCAAGAGGAUGACGACACAGAGCCAGACACAGACAUCAAUUUUCCUCCUGGUAAACCACCUUGUAGUCCCAAACCUCCGUUUCCAUCGGCACCUGACACACCUGAUGAGGACGGCAUCGAUAAACACUGGGAAGACAACAACUUGGAUCAAGUCAGUACAGAACCUCCACAAAACCCUGCUGGAGAGUCAAGCUUGGAGGACAAAAACCACUCAAAUGAAGGAGAAAGAAGUGACUUUGAAGAACUCCCUUUAAACGGUGGAAAUGACACUAUUCCGUCUCCUGGAAGUGUGAAGAAAAUCACAAAACAAAUUCAAAGUAGAAUCGAUAAAGAUAUCAGUUCACCUCCUGCUAAACCACCUCGUACUCCUAAACCGCCGUCUCCACCACCAACAGACCCUUCAAACACACCUGAUGAGGAUGGCAUCAAUAAACACAAGGAAGACAACAACUUGGAUCAAGUCAGUGCAGAACUUCCACGAAGCACUGCUGGAGAGUCGAGCUUGGAGGAAGGAAAACAUCAGACGGAGGUUCUCCAAGGGUCAAAACCUGAAAUCCCUCAUAUGUUUCAGUUCCCCAAUGUUCCAGAUGCAGCAGCUGCUAAUCAGGCAGAAAAGGACAACACUGUGUCUAACAGUCAGUCAACCAGCGACAGCGAGGCAAGUGACACAAAAGAGGAACCUGCUGGUCAACAAGAGGACCAGGUCCCUGUAAAUCCAACACCUGGAGACACCAAAGACUCAGAGAUGAGUCUGGCUGCUGAUGGAGUCGGAGAAUCUCCAACAGAGACGCAAACUUCAGGACAGAUAGAAGAUGAACCCGACCCAGAGAACAGCAAACAAGAAGAGAAAAAAAAGCACUGAAGACGAUCAAGAAGAAAAUCAGCUGCCUGGGAGUCAACGAAGCUCAAGACAAGGAAGCCACGACUCUUUAAAAUCAGCUGGUUCCUCUACUGAUGAAGCUGACGAACAAGACAAAGUCAGUUCCAGGAGUAACAGUCAGUCCAAGAUUAACUCUGAAGAGACUGGAGGAGAUGAAGAUGAAAGACAAAAUCAACAGAGACGUUGAUGCCAGUGAACAUGAGGAUAGUGCAAACUCAGAUUAGAACGCAGAAACAUCUGACUUAUACACAGACAAAACAAUGGAGUCACCCGAUUCAACUAAAGAGUCACACACUCCUCAACACACAGCUGAAGAUCCAGCAGAAGGACAACAAUUCAAUCAGCAUGAGGGAGAAACCAAGUGAAUGAGUGUGAAAGACAAGGUGUGAAGGUUUGAAAAUCAAAAAAAGCACCAAAGAGUCCAGAGUCGGAGAGUCCCAUGAGAUCAAAUCAAGAGAACCGAGACACUGACAUCUCCCACAAUGCCCUGAUGUCUAACAUGGAGCCUCAGAUCAGAAACAAAGGACAAGAUUACCAAAGCGUCACUUCCAGCCACAGCUGGUAAAAAGUAAAAACUGAAGUGCACUGCAGUCCUGAAGGAGGGACAGACAUUAAAGCUUCAAAAGGACAAAGGAGAAAAGAAACCUCCUCAGCCUCACAGGGUUUUCUUCCAGAGAACAGAGGAGAGCCUUCUGUAUUUUCGGUUUAAUUUUUACUCUUUUCAUUCUUCUUUUAAUGUGUUUUAUUAGCUAAUAUAUAUUUCGUAUUACUGAUACGACACUGUGUAAUUGAUGAUGAAAAUCUUUAAAUUUAAAGUUUUUCUUUUUAACCUUAAGCUAUGGAAAAUGCACUGCAGUAUAGAUAACUACUAACGUUCCGUGAGCCUGUAACAAGUUUGCAUUAUUAAUGUAUCUCAAAAAUGAAAGAUUUAUCCAUCUAGUUUUGUUAUUUAGAUUAAUAUAAAAAUGAUAGAGCAUUGAUUCCUCUGAAUUUAAAACAAAAAUAAAAUGAAAUCAGAGCAUUUUAUGUUGCUUCAUAUGUGAUUUAGCUGUUGUUGAUAUAAAUGUUUAGAAAAAAGCUGUUUUACUAACUUCAUUUCUUGUUUGAAUCAAAUAUGUCAUUUCAUAUGCCGGCAUUUGUAACCAAAACAUUUUAAUAUAGACAAUUAUUAUUGAACUAACUGAAUAUUGUUUAGUUUGUUUUAGAUUCAUUUGCACUGAUCUGUAAAGAAAAACCAAGCAAGUGCAAUUUGUUGACCUUGUGUUUUUGUUUUUUUUAGAUGGUUCUGACUUCUUCUUUUUUUCACUUUUUGAUACUAUAACAGUUUAUCAAAGCCUGAUGCUCAAUCGUGGGGAUUCUUUUUAUUAAAGAAAAAAAAAAGCUUUUGCUCAUGUUGGAAUUAAAUAAAUCAGUUUAU